GGGAAAGGAAAGAGACAUGAGGCUUUUCAUCGUCUGCCUCUUGUGCUUGCUGAUGGACUGCCUGCUGCUGCCUGACGCCGAAUGCCGAAUCCUUGAGCGAUCCAUGGAAGUCAGAAAUCCAGACAUUGAUCCUUCCUGGUACACGGGGCGAGGGAUCCGACCUGUGGGACGGUUUGGCAGAAGGAGAGCAGCUGGAGAGAAUGCCCAGAAAAGUGACCACCGGCCCCAGCAGGCCUGCUUCCCCAUAGGAGGGAGCGAUGAGCAGCUGCAAGAUGAAUGAUGCCUCAGAAGUGAACGAUCUCCCAUCCCGACAAGAAAGAACACAC